UGUUUUGUUCUGUCGGUCCGUCCAAAAGAUGAAUAAAAAACAAGCUUCAAGUUGUAUACUUAUUUUUAGCCAAAUGUCUCGCCCCUUAAAAUAAAUUGGAUUGGAAUGUUAUGACAUGCUAAAUCCACAAUGACUACCAGAAAUCCUUCAACAUUGAUGUCGAUACCAAAUGAAGAAUCCUUUGAUUUUUUGUUUAAAAUAGUUUUAAUUGGUGAUUGUGGAACUGGCAAAACAUGUGUUGUUCAACGUUUCAAGAACGGCACAUUCAUAGAAAGGCAUGCGAAUACGAUAGGCGUCGAUUUUUCUAUGAAGACUGUAGUUGUUGACAAUAAGAAAGUUAAACUGCAAAUUUGGGAUACUGCCGGCCAAGAGAGAUUCAGAACAAUAACUCAAAGUUACUAUAGAUCUGCUAAUGGUGUUAUUAUAGUAUAUGACAUCACCAAAAGAUCUUCAUUCCUUUCGGUGUCAAGAUGGGUUGAGGAAGUCAGGAGAUACUCAGGAAAUGCAGUGUUAUUGGCCCUAGUUGGAAAUAAAGCUGAUUUGGAAACACUGCGUGAGGUGGAAUUUGAGGAGGCUGAAGCCAUGUGUCAAUAUUUGCCUGAGGUACUCUUUGUGUUGGAAGCAUUUAGAUUGAAUGGGGUCCAAAUAUUCCAACCAAUUUCAUGUUUAAUAUUUCAAUUUCAGAGAAGACAUGACAGCGGACUAUUAGGUCAAGAUGAUGAGGAUGAUACUGUUAGGCUUGGUGAAAGUCGGACUAUUUCGAAAUGUUCUAGUUGUACAAAAGGUUUUUUGUAGAUUUAGUGUGAAUAAGUAAGGUGCCUUAAAUCUGACUGAUCACAAUGGUUUACCGUUAUACAAAAGAAAUAUAUAAAACAAUGCCCCAGUGGCUGGCUAAUCCUAGUACAUGGUUCGGGUAUUUUUAAAACAGAUUCAUGAACCUGGUUUAGGUCGUGUAAUUGUAACUUUUGAGAUGUAAUAAUUGACCAACUCUCAUUAUUACUAAAAACUUAUGACAUGCAUGAAUAUUCCUAUUGAAAAUGAAUAAUGCAACCUCUUGCAACUUGUUACUUACUAUUUGUGAUUUACCAUUUCUGAUUGGAGCAUGAAUCUAUCUUUAGAUUCACUUCCCACAAAUACUUGCCAUUGAAAUGUUUUGAACUGUAGAGUAGGGAGUAACAAUUAUACUAAAUUGAAAAUUCUUUUAUCGCGAAAUUUAAAUUCAAUAGGUUUUCAACUGGUAGAAAUUGAACAAAAUACAUUUGAAGUAAAUGCUGUUUCAUUAUCAUAGUGAAUCACAGUAUAUAAAAUACUGAAAAUUUCAAAUUUCAUGAAAUGCAAAAAAAUAACCAAAAUGCUUUCCUGUAGUUUAUUGGAGAAACACUUUAUUGUGAGAUUUUCCCUGGACAGUUCACAAAACCGCAACAUGUGUUUCGCUAUACAAUAGCUUCCUCACGCAUUUUCAUUCUGAAUAAAAAUACGUAAUUUGUGCAUUAAAUGACAACAAUUUUAA